CGCGAUGAACAGCUGAUCCUCCCGCAGUGGAUAAAAAAAAACCGGUCGCGAUGGUCACCGCCGAGUCACGACUUCUCGUCCCACGCACGGCGCUGUGAACGGUUGUUGGCGAGGCGGACGAAGGACGGUCACCCGACGGAAAACAGAGCGGAGAGAGUGAAGGAGCGUUUGUUUUGUUUUGUCUUCUCCGCCGUUCGGACCUGUUGAUCCCCGGUGCGACAGAGGGACACCGGGCGCCCAGUAGCUACCUGCCGCUCCCUGCUCCGCGCUCACCGACGCUCAAUUAUGUUAUUGUCCAGUUUUCUUGUCCUCACCUUUUCUCACUUUUGGGCGCCUCUGUCUCUCUGUUACCUGCCCCAGGUCACCGCACAGAAGCCCGGUUCACGGUGGCUGAUUGGAGACAGAGACAGUCACUGUGGGGUCAUCUGCUCACGGACGCAGGGGAAGCCGGUGUGCGGCUCGGAUGGGCGGAGCUAUGAGACCGGCUGUGAACUGCAGAGGGCGCGCUGCAAGGAUAAGACGCUCACACUGGCACACCGCGGCCGAUGUCGAGGUAAAAACUGGGUGAAAAUCGAUCAAUUGCCAGUGGCUCCAGCACCAACCUCUACAUCUGAGGGGAGAGACCUGGAGCUCAAAGAUGCAGGUCAGUCCAAGUGUCGUGCUGAGAGGAACCAGGCUUUGGAACAAGCCAGGAGACCUCAGGAGUCCAUGUUUAUCCCAGAAUGCAACGAAGAUGGAACGUUUGCCCAGGUCCAGUGCCAUACUCUGACAGGUUACUGCUGGUGUGUCACCAGUGAUGGCAAGCCAGUGAGUGGCUCCUCUGUGCAAAACAGGACCCCGGUGUGUUCAGGAAACUUCCAUGAAUUUAUGGGAACUCAUGCUGCGACAAGUGGAUUGUCAGGGUCAGUAACCGAUAAACCACCUGGGCCAUCGAGCUCUGGUAGAAAAGUCUCUUUCCGUUUCUUUCUCACCCUCAACCCAGAUGACGGCUCCAAGCCCACACCCACCAUGGAGACUCACGUCCCCCCUGAGGGUGAUGAGAUAACUGCUCCCACGCUGUGGAUAAAACAGCUGGUUAAGCAGAACAGCUCCACUUCUAGGAAGCAAGAGAAAGUUCCCUCUUGUGACCAGGAGAGACAGAGCGCCCUGGACGAGGAUCGGCAGAACCCUCGCGAGGCUAUUUUCAUCCCAGACUGUGGACCCGGAGGCCUUUACAAACCAGUCCAGUGCCACCAGUCCACAGGCUACUGCUGGUGUGUUCUGGUGGACACGGGACGGCCCAUUCCUGGCACCUCCACCAGGUACCAGAAGCCGGAGUGCGACAGUACAGCACGAUCUCGCGUCUCAGACACAGAAGAUCCCUUCCAGGGCAGAGACCUGACAGGCUGCCCGGAGGGGAAAAAAGUGGAAUUCAUUACAAGCUUGUUAGAUGCCCUCACCACAGACAUGGUGCAAGCCAUAAACUCACCAGCCCCCUCUGGUGGUGGUAGGUUUGUUGAGCCUGACCCCAGUCACACUUUAGAGGAGAGGGUGGUGCACUGGUACUUCGCCCAGCUGGAUAACAACGGCAGCCAUGACAUAAACAAGAAGGAGCUAAAACCUUUCAAGAAGUACCUGAAGAGGAAAGCCAAACCCAAGAAAUGCUCCCGCAAGUUCAUCGACUACUGUGACCUGAAUAAGGACAGGGCCAUUUCUCUGCAGGAGCUGAAAGGCUGCCUGGGCGUCAGCAAAGAGGGUAGCUCAACGACAAGUGGCAACCAAGGGACAAGGCAAGGGACAAAUUUGUUCAUAGGUCGUCUGGUGUGAGAAGAGAAGGAUCCAUAAGCUGAGACGAGAGCAGAGGGCACAGAGGGAAGGCAUCUGUACGCUUGCUGACGGGAAAGAGAAAGAUGGAGCAGAAAAAUUAAGAAGUACCUGAGUUUUACAAAAAUGAACAGAAAAUCAAGAAAAGAAAACGAAGCGGCGCCAAAAUAUUUGCACUUUCUCCUCCCUAUGUUUGACAUUGUAUCUGUUUGUACGUGUUGUUUUUCUCCUGAAGUGACUGAAAAGGUCUAGGUAAGAAUGAGAAUAUAUUUGUAAAGAGAUGACCAGCUCACCACUGGAAGAGCAAGUAUGUUCAUGUUACCACAUUUCCCCAUGUGUUCAGUCUGCCACAAUUGGUGGCUAUAAAAUUAAACAUACUCGUCCCGUUACAUAUAGUAGCAUGCAGGCAGUGGCAGCCCACUAAAGAGGAGCUUACAUUGAGUCACAUUCAGUCCAAAUGUUGCUUGAUACACACAAAGUCCUAAAGGAAGAACUAUGGCGAUGUAGACCAGUUGAAACGAAUGUGUCGUGUUGUAUGUGAACAUGCAAUAUUAAGUGAACCGCAUGCAUUAGAAUUAAACUGUGAUCACAAAGUAAUUUAUCAGCACAGGAUUAGCUUUAUGAAUCCCCUUGCACUGUAAAAGAACUUUUUAGAAGCAUUAACAUUUUGGCUCAAGAAUCAUUUGUUUGUGAACAAAAACUGAAAUGUAUUAUAUCUGUUUUUUGUUCACUAAAUACCAGUGUUGGGGAAAGCUAGCUGUGAAUAGUUACUUUACUAGCUUACAUAAGAGUACUUUUUGUGCAACCCAAAACCAAUGCACAGCCAUUAUGUUGUAUGUACUUUGUGGUUUCUCGUGUAUUAGCAUGUUGUCUGCACAAGAUGCGUUGAGGUUGUUUUGCUACUGGUUUACAAGGUUUGUGCUAACAAAAAACAAAAGAAAACAAAAACAUUUUGAAUAAUUAUGGUUCAGGACAAAAAAACAUUUGAAAUGCAAAUAGCAACAGAUUUUUGAAAAUUGGAAUAAAAGUACUUUUACUGUUACACCCUAUCUUCCCCUAACAAUACUGGUACAGUAUAUACACAAUCCUAGCUUUAUACUAAUGCAGCUUUAUGCUGCAGCACCCAGCAGAUCGAGCAUGCUUAUACACAUGUGGCAGUAUGAACAUAUUAAAGCUGCUUAAAGCUUAGGACAGGCACUCCAAAACUACAGACAAACAACCAUUAUAUACUAUUGCCUUAUAAAAUUAUUAUGGCUAACAUGUUAGCAAACAGUUGCUUUCUUAGAGAUGUAGCCGACAUAGAACAUUAUCAUCCCAUCCCUGGUCUAAUAUUCACCUCCCUUUUAGCUCUGUUUUGGUUUCCACCAACUCCUGCGAAAAAUAUUUGGCUCAUUAGCUGCUAAAUGCUCCACUAUGUUCACUCGCUAGUUGUUGUCUUUGUCUAUCCGGCAUUUGUUGCUAAGCUGGAAGUGUACAGUGGGUUUAUUUUGCAGUUUGAUGAAAGCGCUGAGACUGAACUAUACAGUAAAGUUGCCACAAACAAAAAAUAGCAAUAAAGGGGAUGAUUGAAAGACGUUGAUUAAUGCAGCUUUAAGUUGAAAGCACAAAGAAAGGCCAUCGGUUUACACAUACAGUUAGGUAUAUAAGUAUUUGGACAGUGACAAUUUUUGCAAUGAUCUUACACAGCAUGUGUAAUUUUAUGUAAUUUUAUGUGAAGUUACAAGACAUUGUGGCUAGUUUUCUCACUCUACUGAGUUAAUGUUUAUGUUCAUUUUUUACACAAGGAAACCUGAAAAACAGUCAAAGCCUGGUAUUUCCAGCAUGUCAAUGUUGAAUUCCGUCUGCUGUCGAAUUUUGUGUGUGGUGAUCAAGAGUUCAUUGGCUUCUACUGGUUACCAUUAUAAAUGGCAACGGCAUUAACAUGUCAGUGGUCCCCCGGUUUAUUUUUUCAAGAGAUUACAGUCCAGAAAAUGAGUUUUAAAUAUUAAUAGUACCAGGAAAAAAGAGGUGACUGAACCCAACCAGUAAAUGUAAGUAAGAAAGAUGUUUACACGGGUCAGUAUCCCAUUAAAUCAGCUCAUUUCAGCUGUAAUAUUCACAUUUAUCCCUGUUAUUGUAAACAAGAUGUGGCAUUUACAAAUGCCAGUUCCUAAAAUAAAUAUUUGAGUCUGCCCA